AUGAGUCGUCCUUCCAUAAAAGAGUAUUUGAGCAGCAACCCAAAUGCUGUUCUGGUUUUAGACGGUGGUCAGGGUACGGAACUGGAAAAUAGAGGUAUAAAGGUAGCCAAUCCCGUGUGGUCUACAAUUCCGUUUGUGAAUGAGUCGUUCUGGUCGGAUCCUGCCUCCUCAGAUCGCCAGAUUGUGAAAGAAAUGUACGAGGAUUUUUUGGCUAGUGGCGCACAGGCUUUGAUGACGGUGACUUACCAGGCAAGCUUCAAAUCGGUUUCUGAAAAUACUGUGAUCAAGACCCCAGAUGCGUACGUUGAGUUGCUCUCCAGAAUAGUGGCCUUCUCGCGCGAGUGCAUCGGAGACGAGAAGUGGCUGGUGGGCUGUAUCGGCCCAUGGGGCGCUCACAACUGUUCGGAGUUCACGGGCGAGUACGGACCAGAGCCAGCCAAAAUUGACUAUUUGGGCUAUUUCGAACUGCAGCUGUCUGCCUUCAAUAACAACGAGAACCUGGAUAUGAUUGCCUUUGAGACCAUCCCCAAUUUCCACGAGCUGAAAGCCAUUCUUUCGUGGGACGAAUCUCUGAUCUCCAAACCUUUUUGCAUUGGGCUUUCCGUUCACUCUCACGGGAAACUGCGCGAUGGCACAAGCCUGCGAGAAAUUGGCGAGUACAUCAAAUCUUUGGGUCCAAAGCUGAACCCCAAUUUCACACUGUUGGGUGUGAACUGCGUUAGUUUUGACCAUUCCCACAAUAUGCUCAAAGAGCUGCAUGAAGUUCUACCAGACCUUCCUCUCAUUGCAUACCCAAAUAGCGGUGAAAUAUACGAUACAGUGCAGAAAGUGUGGACGUCCAAGAAAUCGCACGAGGUGACCUGGGACUACCUGGUCAAGGAAUACAUUGACAACGGAGCCCGAAUCAUUGGAGGAUGUUGCAGGACUACGCCUGCUGACAUCAAAACGAUCAGUGAUUCCGUCUGCAAGCACUCGAAAUAG